CGCCAUUGUCGCAUACACUCGCAGUCAGUGGGUACGAUCUUCUGGGACAGUAGGGCUUCAGCUUAAAAGAAGGUGAAACUCAUCACCCGGCGCAGUCGAUACGGAAGGAGAGAUGAGGCCUGGACUACUCUUGUGCGGCUUGUUAUGUGCGGGGGUACACCUCGUCCUUGCUCGGACCUUCCGUCAACGCAGCCAGACCAAUAAUGGGCUAGAACUCUCUUUGAGUAAACGGAAUGUGUAUAUGCCUAGUUGGUACGCGUUAGUCUUCCUUGAUCUCCGGUAUAGUGUCUGCAGCAAUGUCCAAGCAGUGACCGCAGAAUCAUGGCGGUUCAAAGCAAGAUUCGGGUUACCUACAAUUUGUCCAAUCCUAAAACACUAUUGCGAGAAAAUAGUACGAGACAAAACUGCAGUCGAGUGCCAGAUCAGCAUAGUGGCUACCGAAGUCGCCAGCAUCUGUGAUUGUGCCACGCCAGUGGUGGUUGUCAAUGGCAACUGGGGUGAGUGGUCCGAUGCUGUGUUCGACCUGUGCUCCGUGUCGUGUGGAAUCGGCACGGAGUCCUACACCCGCACAAGGCUGUGCAACAACCCCGCCCCAUCAUACGGGGGUGCUCAUUGUGUUGGGGACAACGCAAUAGGCCCAUAUACCCGAUCCUGCUCUAGACCAGCAUGUACAAUUGAACCGGUAAAUGGAGGCUGGAGUGCAUGGAGCGAGACCCCACUUUCUGCAUGUACAGUAACGUGCGGAGGUGGUACGGAGGUCUUGUCGCUGAGUCGGGAAUGUAACAACCCCACCCCUGCUAGAGGCGGAGAAGAAUGCCAAGGACAAGCAACAGGCACAAGGACCAACAUUUGCAAUACCCAAACCUGUAUUAACGAUGGUAGCUGGGGAGCGUUUGGACCCGAGGUUGCCGUGACCACCUGCACUACUACAUGCGGAGAGGGACAGAGGACGUACCGGAGGACACGCGCAUGUGACAGCCCCGCACCUUCACCCGGGGGCCAGGCUUGUGUCGGUUCGGCGACGAGUGACGUCAUCAGGACAUGCAACGAACAAACGUGUCCAAACGAUGGUAGCUGGGGAGCGUUUGGACCCGAGGUUGCCGUGACCACCUGCACUACUACAUGCGGAGAGGGACAGAGGACGUACCGGAGGACACGCGCAUGUGACAGCCCCGCACCUUCACCCGGGGGCCAGGCUUGUGUCGGUUCGGCGACAAGUGACGUCAUCAGGACAUGCAACGAACAAACGUGUCCAAACGAUGGUAGCUGGGGAGCGUUUGGACCCGAGGUUGCCGUGACAACCUGCACUGCUACAUGCGGAGAGGGACAGAGGACGUACCGGAGAACACGCGCAUGUGACAGCCCCGCACCUUCACCCGGGGGUCAGGCUUGUGUCGGUUCGGCGACGAGUGACGUCAUCAGGACAUGCAACGAACAGUUAUGUCCAAUUGAUGGGAUGUGGGGCGCUUGGACUGCGGUAUCGACCACCGCGUGCACGGUGUCGUGUGGGGGCGGUACCCAAACCAGGACAGACCGUCGUUUGUGUGACAGUCCCGCCCAGGCCAAUGGAGGCCUUCCCUGUAGUGGAAACAAUGAACGGAACGUACCCUUGAAUUGUAACACUGAUGACUGUACAGUUAUUCAGGAUGGUGGGUGGUCUCCGUGGUUCGAUGUCCCUGAAAUCGAGUGCACCACGCCUUGUGGGGGAGGACGACAAAACGUCACCAGGACGCGCACGUGUACGAACCCUGUGCCAAUCAAUGGACAGCCAUGCACUGGGUCUGCAAUAGGAAAUACGUUUGAAAAGGCUUGCAACGCUGAGGAUGCACAAAUCUGCCCACAGGCUGCAUGUUUGACAAGUCGCAUAGUUGGCGGAAACAACGUGGACCCUGCUUGCAAGUACCCCUUCGUAGUCGGCGUGCGUCGGUUCGGCGCCUACUCCUGCGGGGGGAGUCUGAUUGGACUCAACAAGGUCCUCACUGCGGCUCACUGUGUGGUAGGCCUUCAAGCUUCUUCUCUGUCAGUAGAGGUCGGAAAGCAUUGUUCCAGUACCAGCGGCAGCGCCAGUUACAACUCUCGCAACCCCAACAUGGAAGUCAUGGAAGUAGAAGAGUUCGUCAUUCAUCCCAACUUCAACUCUGGAAACGGACUGUUAUUCGAUGCUGCUGUCUUGAAGCUAAAGAAAGAUGCGAUCACCACAAAGUGUCGUCAAGUUGUUCAAAUGGCGCCUUCGUCUCAGGUGACCCAGACUGGGAGGACGUGUACUGUGAUUGGAUGGGGAACAACUUCCUACAAUGGCCCUGCUGCCAGUAUUCUACAGGAAGUAGACCUAGAGCUGUACGACUCUGAAGACUGUCGUGACACCUUCCCCUCCACCGCCUCCGGAGUCGACAACAACGUCAUUUGUGCUGCUAAUGGUGUUAGUGGCGGCGAGGACGCGUGCCAGGGUGACUCGGGCGGCCCGCUAGUCUGUCUGGAUGACAACGUGUGGGUACAGUACGGAAUCGUCUCCAGUGGGUUUGAAUGCGCCAGGGCCAACCAGGCGGGGCUGUACACCGAAGUUGCUGCUUUUAGGACCUGGAUCGACAGCCAAUUUGUGUAGAGGGCUUCUUUCGGAACACACUAGUCAUACCAUUUCACAUGAAAAGAGACGAUGUGUUCCGAGUGACAAGGAAAUGAUUCGUUAUUCCUGCCCAGCAACUGGAUAGAUGGUAUAUGAAAAAGGAUAUGUGGCAGUGAUAUUGGAAACACUAGACAUUUGGUGUAAACCUUGUGGGCCGUAAGAACAUUAAUAAACAAGUUAGUUGAUUUGUUGAUAUGGAUUUGAAGAUGUAACUGUGGACACCAAACUGUGUAAAUCCUUCUUCGCAAUGUAUCGUAAGAGGUAUAUGAAACUUCGAGUCAUGAAUGAAAACACUUUUUAUCCCAACAUCAACCUCGUUAAAAUCAGAUCAUUUUCUCCGAUACGAUACCUCUCUCUCAACGUGAAGUUUGCACAACCCCAUAUAGGUUUCGCCAUGUAAACUUUCUUAUCAGCUAAUCAGCAUCGAUGAAUACUCGUUUGGAGUGAGCGAAGCAUUCAGACCAUCAUUUACGUAUCUCGGGCAUCAACUUAAUCGACCAGUUCUGUAAUAUAAUAAAGGAUGCGUCAUAACGUUGCGUGAAUAUUUUAAUUUUUGUAACUGUCGUUUCUGAGCGCCAUGCCAUCUGGAGGACCUUCAAGCAGUAUUUGGUUUUCGCUGAGAGGUUUCUUCUGUUAAAACUGGACCCCGUCAUCCUUCUGUUAGUGAGUGAGUGAGUUGGGUUUAACGCCGCUUUUUCCAGUCAUAUCACGGCGUGUCCUUCUGUUAGAUUAGGCGGUCAAAGGUCACUCACGGUUCACCUGACGUGGCCUCCUGUGGAGGCGUUGUCACACAGAUGUUCAGGCAGAGUGGUGUAGUAUCGGAGAAAUAGUUCUGAAUUUAAUGAGAUUGUCUCAACAUAAAACUGGUUAUCGCCAAAUGUCUGUGUUCUAGAACCAAGUCUUUCACCAUUAAUUAGUAGCUUCGUCGUCGGGAGAAUAUAUUUUGUACAAAUGUUUAUUUUUUUUCUGUAACAUAAUAACCAUAGAGAGCUCACAUUACGUCGAGGUGCGAUGGUGCCGAGACAGACAUCCGGUUUCCAUUCAGUGAUGAAUAUUCAUGUAAAACCAUUAAUGUGCUGAACUGUCACGGGCGCCGCUUUUGGGACAUUGACAUCUGACAGUGUCAGCAUCAUUUUGGGGUAAAGAAUUCACAAGAGGAUCGAUACCUGAAUGAUUGUAAUUGAUUUUGUGGAGAAUGUCAAUUCAAGUCGAUAUAUGUACAGUAUAUUUCUAACGUUAAACGCAUUAUACAUGUGAAUUUUAAUAAUAAAUGUGUUACGUAAUUGUUUAUUUAUUGUGAUUCGAAAAUUCUCUCACCUGACGAGUUACUGUCUUCAACUUUAAUAAAUGUGGUAGUCUGCAUACA